AUGCCUAAAGACAGCCAACACAUCGUCUUUCUCAACAACUACUACAACAGUCUCGUCAAUCCCGACAUUUUGACGGAGCCAACUAAACAGACUGCGAUUCGAUGCAACGCAGCACACAUCCCACCAACAACUCCAGGUGUUGAUGGUGUCGAUUCGCAGAUUGUCGGAAGACAUAUCAGCGAAUGUCGAAGACGCGCUCGUAAUCAACCUCGAGCCGAACGCAACCAGGCGUGGCAAGUAGACAUUCUCGAAGUAGCCUACCGCCAGAGUCAUUAUCCAUCCGCAGGACAGCGGAUGAUAUUGAUGUCACAAACCAAUUUGAGUUACAGGAAGAUCAAGAAUUGGUUCGAACAAAAGGCGAAGAUGCUGAGGAAAGCAGGCGGAGGUCCUGUCGUUCCACAUCCCGGCAGCAAUAAAUACUCAACCAAGAUGUGGAGGGAAUAUUUUGCAGAUCCUGUUGGAUAUGUUCAGAAGUUGAGGAACGGCGAGAUCGACUUGGUGACUGGUGAGGCUAUUGGUCAAGCGGUAAACAACUUACCUAAUGCACCGGCAAAUGGCCCCACAAAUAACAUGAGCGGUAAUCCUGAUCUAGGAGCCUUGGCACCUAACUCGAACAUUGGUCCCGCGCCUUCUCAUCAACCUGAACAUCAACAUGGUCAAGGUGAACUUCCUGAGAUGCAACUACAGGGGUACAAUCAAAUGAGCCAACAUGGGCAAUACGACAACUCGAGUGUGCAGGCACCUCCGCAAAGCCAGGUGCCUCAACAAGCACAAUAUGGGCCCCAGCCAAUGUCCAUAUAUACUCAGGCCCAAGAUCUGAUGUACACCAUGCCGUCAGCCCAGUCCAUGAACUCGGGCAUCAGUAGUUACGCAGCGGGGCGAAGCUACGAAGUGAGUAGAGCUCAACCGGCACCUCAACAGACAGCUCAUCCAGGAGCAUAUACCACCGACACCAUCUCUCAAGGUGCAGCACCCGCGGUAUUCGAUGGCAUUAAGCAAGCCGUCACAGACCAAUACAGCCAUGGCAUGCCUGCAAAUUUCCAAUCCGGCAUUACAUACGAUCCGUUCGCCGACCAGGACGAUGAAGAACUUGAGUAUGAGGGUCAAAAUGGACCUUUUUAUCCGCCUGUUCCUCAACAUCAUGCGAGGCAAUAUAUCCCAGCAUAUCCUCAAGUCCCAGAGAGUCCGGUUGGACAAUUGCUUGGUGGGACUUUCACCCAGUCUGAAGGACCUACUCGAAAGAGAAAGUCGGCCCCCGAGGACGACCAAUUAAAUCAGGGCCCGUAUUCCAUUCAUUUGAGAAAGCGACCUCGUCAAACCUCCGAUUCUCGAUCUUUUGCUCCAUCAACAACAGGAAACUUUGCUGGAGCUGCAGGUAAAAUGGAAGAUACCAGAGAGCCAGCUAAGAGAUCAAAUCCUUUGAGACCGGUUCAAAAGACUCGUCGACGACCAGUGGCUGGCCAGUUCCCGAAUCGAAAAAUUUCCUGGAAUGGGACUGAUGACUCCAUGAAUUCAUCGUUCGACCGCACUGGCGCAAAAUGGUCUCCUCAUCCACCCUCAAGGCUAAAUAUCUGCCAUAGCAGUCCUUCUGAGGAAGAUAAAGCUGAAAUAGGAGCGACAUCUCCUAAUAUCCGAACUCCCAACAUCCGAACUCCUGAAGUCCGAGACGUGGACUCCGAAGCACAACAUCUCGACCCUCUAUUUUUCGGUUCUAGGCAAGACGUUCGCAACAAUGGGAUGGAACAAAGUUCUGGACAGUUGCCUGCCCCCUUCAAGCCACCUAUGCCAGAAAGUGCGAAAAACAUGGCGCAGGGCGUAGUGGUUACCCAACACCAUGCCACGACCAACAGCGCAGAUCCUGCAGCAGCACAAGAUAAUGCAGCUCGCCACCUAGGCGCUUCUAGUCCCAGAACUCAAAAUAUAUCUGGUAGCCUAGACGGAAAUUGGGAAGCAGAUUUGGAAGUCCAAGGGUUCCAACAACAACAAGAUUCUGCCUUCCCACAAGGAGAAGCUCAGGAGAUUGAGUCGUCAGCUCAGAUACCUACAGAGGGCAACGAAAGCCUCGAGGACAUGCUUGCUGUGCCAGACAUGAAUGCCCUAGAGCAGGCAUUUCUGUACAACGGGGAGUUUGACUACUCGGCUUUCCUGGGCAACGACGGCCUUUUCGAGGAUUGGGAUCCACCCAAUCUCGAUGGUGACAAUUGA